AUGGAUGAUUGGUAUCAGCUAGCUCAACCUAUUAUCUUUGGUUUGAUCUUCGCUUACCUUUUGGCUAAGCUAAUCUCUAUCCUCGUUGCGUUUAAAGACGAGAAUCUCUCACUCACUCGCAACCACGAAACUCAAUCGGAAGAUGAUGACUCUUCGCAGCACAAGCUCGAAUCUUCAACAACCGUGAUCGGUGGCGAGACCGAUUCUCUAGUGGCGGAGCAAGAACUUGACGAGGCGUUUAGUGCUGCGACUGCCUUUGUGGCUGCUGCUGCAUCUGAUCGGCUUUCGCAGAAAGUAUCUAACGAUUUGCAGCUUCAGCUUUAUGGAUUGUAUAAGAUUGCUACUGAAGGACCUUGUACUGCUCCACAACCAUCAGCUCUUAAAAUGACUGCUCGUGCUAAGUGGAACGCAUGGCAGAAAUUGGGUGCGAUGCCUCCUGAAGAAGCAAUGGAGAAGUAUAUUAAUCUCGUUACUCAGUUGUACCCAACUUGGGCAGACGGUGGCUCGAAAAGAGGAAAACGGAGUGGUGAUGCUGCAGGAUCUAACUCAAGAGCAGCCAUGGGACCGGUUUUUAGCUCAUUGGUGUACGAAGAAGAAUCCGAAAAUGAGUUGAAGAUUGAUGCCAUACACGGGUUUGCUAGAGAAGGAGAAGUCGAGAAUCUAUUGAAAUGCAUAGAAAGUGGCAUACCUGUAAAUGCACGAGACAGUGAAGGUCGGACACCGCUGCAUUGGGCUAUAGACCGUGGCCAUCUUAACGUAGCUAAAGCUCUGGUUGAUAAGAAUGCUGAUGUUAAUGCAAAAGACAAUGAAGGCCAAACCUCUCUACACUAUGCGGUCGUGUGCGAAAGAGAAGCGCUCGCGGAGUUUCUGGUGAAGCAGAAAGCGGAUACAACCAUUAAAGAUGAAGAUGGAAACUCGCCGCUUGAUCUUUGUGAAUCAGAGUGGUCUUGGAUGCGAGAGAAAGAGGGAUUCAAUUAG